AUGAAUUUCUACAAUGUGAGUUUCUACAAUGUGAAUUUCUACAAAGUGAAUUUCUACAAUGUGAAUUUCUACAAUGUGAAUUUCUACAAUGUGAAUUUCUACAAUGUGAAUUUCUACUAUGUGAAUUUCUACAAUGUGAAUUUCUACAAUGUGAAUUUCUACAAUGUGAAUUUCUACAAUGUGAAUUUCUACUAUGUGAAUUUCUACAAUGUGAAUUUCUACAAUGUGAAUUUCUACAAUGUGAAUUUCUACUAUGUGAAUUUCUACAAUGUGAAUUUCUACUAUGUGAAUUUCUACAAUGUGAAUUUCUACAAUGUGAAUUUCUACUAUGUGAAUUUCUACAAUGUGAAUUUCUACAAUGUGAAUUUCUACUAUGUGAAUUUCUACAAUGUGAAUUUCUACAAUGUGAAUUUCUACAAUAUGAAUCUAUAA